AUGUAUCGAACAAAUUUCGUUUUUAUACUGAUGCUAAUUCCGAUGCCAAGUAUUUUAACUAAAAUGAUGAUCAGUUCAUCAAUAUCUACAACAUCGUCAAGUUUAACAAGUCAAGAUGCGUUAUUAUCAUGUAGCUAUUGUCAAAAAAAGGCAUGUCAUUGUUCUUCAACUCAGAAGAUUUUAAAUUGUUCGUCGUAUUUAUUAAACCUAACAUUUGAUUCGAAUUGUGCAAAAAUGAUAAUAUGGAAAACAGUUGAUUUUUCAUCACGUAAUCUUGUAUCAUUGGAUUCGUCAAGUCUUCUACUAUUGCGUAUGUCUCAUUUAAUAUUAAAAUCAAAUUCAAUUUCAAAUAUUCACGAGAAAACAUUUGAUUCCGUUGGUGAUAUUCUCAUUGAACUUGAUUUACAAAUUAAUCAGCUAUCGACUUUAUCUUCAAAGUGGUUUAAUUCAAAGCUAAGGCAAGUAAAAAUUUUAAAUUUAGCAUCCAAUCAACUUGAAUCAUUUACACAACUUAAUCAUCUCGAUUUACCUUAUUUACGAAUAUUAAAUUUAUCACGGAAUCAAAUCGAAAUAUUUCCUCGUCAAAUUCAGCAAUUGAAAUCAUUAGUAAAACUUGAUUUAUCAUUUAAUAAACUAUCAAGUAUUCCAAAAUUUGCCUUAAUGGGUCUUGAUGAUUUAACAUGGUUAUCAUUGGCAUCAAAUCGAGAUUUAACUUGUAUCAUUCAAGAUUCAUUUAAAUAUCUUAAAUCAUUGAAUUAUCUUGAUUUAUCAAGUACAUAUUUAUUCGAUCUUGAUGGUUGUAUAUUUAUUCAAUUAACUGGUUUACGCACAUUGAAAAUAGAACACGUUUCGAUUAAUUGUUCGUCUUGUUGGCUUCCUAUCGCAAAAACAAAUUCAAUUGCAUUACUCGGAGAAUGUCUUGACAAAAAUCAAAUACAACGAUUAGAUAAAUUAACUGAUAAACAAAUUCAUGAUUCAUGUUCAAAAUCAUCUAUAAAUUGUUCGUCUAAUUAUUGUGAACCGGUUUCAUUUAAUUUUCAAUAUAAAUCUUUUUCAUAUGGACAAUUAUCCGAUACGUCGAACAGUUCAAAUCAAUCAAAAAGUCGUGCAAUCGCAAUAGCUCUUGGUGUUAUUUUUAGUAUAAUUGCGUCUAUUAUAAUAAUAAUGACUACAAUCAUAGUAGUCUAUCGAUGGAAACAUGGUAAAGAAUUACAAUGUUGUGACUUCCGAACAACAACGUCAUCAACAAAGACUGAAAUAACACAACGUCAUCGUCGUCAACAUCAGAAGCAAAUAAUCAAUAAAAAUUCAACCGUCAUCGAAUCUAUUAUUACACAUGGUGCAAAUAUGAAUGUACCGUCGUAUCCACCACAUCACAAUGAUGCGUAUUCAAGUGAAACAACUUCAAAUACUAAACGAAAACUUUAUAAUCCUAUGUUUACUGAUUCCCCUGAAUCAGACUUAAGAUAUCAUCAAUCGGGAACUGAAUCAAGUGACAAUAGGCCUCAAAGCAAUUAA